UGUGUGAGAGUGAAAGAGCCACCUGCAGUGCAUACAGUCUACCAAAUGUCAGAGCUCAACUCAUCGCUGCACUGAGAACAUCACAUACCAAUCGUUGAUGAGGGAGGUGCAAAGACACUUAAAAAGAGAGUUUGUUUGAUAAAUAUUCAACACUUCCACCCGACUCCGGAUCACAGAACACAGAGGGACACUCAGAAACAGAUACGUGUUGAUGAAAUGAGGAAUGUAAUUCAAUCUGUCGUCCUCCUCCUGACUACGCUCAUGUCAACAGGGGCAGUGGAGGUGAUAUAUGCUCAGGUGGGAGAGACGGCCACCCUUAAGCCUCCAGUUGGUACUAAUUUACAAGAGUGUUAUGUGUCCUGGAGGUUGGAUAAUAAGGAGGGCCAUGAACUCGCUGGGCGCAAUCCCUUCGGCAAAAAGACGACCACUACAAGUGAAGCCUGGAAUGGCAGGUUGUCCUUGUCUAAAGACUCACUGAUCAUCAAAGACAUCCGACCAGAAGACUUUAGGACUUUUGUCCUUGAAGGCACAGGUGACAAGUGUCUCUUAGCGGCUUACGUAGACAUAAAACUACUCAAACUUACCGUGAGUGUGAACCCACUCUCUCCUCUGCUGCCUGGGGACGAGCUGUCUCUGUCCUGCGACGCACAGACUCUUCAGGGUAAGAAAAGCCCCAAGAUACACUGGCUGAAUCCCUCGGGAGGGAAAACUGAAAAACUUGUCACUGUGAGAGCCACAAUUCAAGACAAUGGCCACUGGACUUGUGUUGUGACAAAUGAUAGCAAAGAGAACAAGGCCAAAGUUUCUGUUACUGUUUUAGGCCUCUACCCAGCUCCUUUACAUCCUCAGUAUACGUCCAGAUCCGGGCCUCUCACCAUCCCCUGUUCCCUUCUUGCUCACAUCUCCUGGGAACAAAUCAAAGCGAAGGACAUCCAGGAAGUUCACUGGCACUUUGUCCCUGAAGCAGGCUUGAGUCCACAGAGGCUCUUCUCCCUCUCACUGGAAGAUCCAGUGACCUGGAAGGCCGACCAAGACAGAGGACUACAACCUGUACCAAACCCUAAAAAAGGAAAUCUAUCUUUGACCAGAAAUCGAGGCAGAGAAGACGACAAAGGAGAUUAUGUGUGCACCCUGGCAUUUAAAAAUGGUGCAACUCUGAACAGUACUGUGCGCGUAGAGGUGCUGCAAAUCAUCUCCUCUCCAGGAACAGAGUUAAUUUCUGGCCAGCAGCUCAACCUGACUUGCGGCACUGGCCAUCCGCUGCCCUCCGACCUGCACGUGAAAUGGGUUCCGCCCAAACAAUCGUCCCUGUCGUCGCUGACAUCUGACCGCCACCCCGCCCAUCUCACCAUCCCGGAAGUGGGGACAGGAGAUGGCGGAAAGUGGAGAUGUGAGCUGUGGCAGAGCAACGCACAGCUGACGUCGGCUGAGAUAACGCUGAAGAUUGAACCCAAAAUUAGUGUCUGGAUGCUGGUGGUCAUAUGUAGUGUCACAGCCAUCGUUAUCCUCCUCCUCAUCCUGGUAUUCAUCCUCUACCGACGCAGAAAACAGAAGAUGACACUCCUCAGGCGCCGACUCUGCCAAUGCAAAACGUACGUAACAACCAUUUCCUGGACUCAUGAAAUUACUCAAGACACACAUUCACAGUCAUCAGCACUGAAACUUUUAGCCACAAGGUGUUUUGUGGAGAAAUAAACAUGAAUAAAAUCAACAUCUGCACUCUGCUUUUAGUAGCUCUGUGUCUCGUUCCAUAACUCAAAAAGAAACCUGUGACUUUUUUAUGUUUCAGCCCCAAACCCAAAGGAUUCUACAGAACGUAAUAUCUCCCACAGAGGCAUUUUCUAGAGGACAUCACAACCAAUUGAAUUUCUGUCCAGAUAAGAUGGAUUUUUCUGUCAUAUCCACUAAACUAUGAAACUCUGUUAGGUGUGUUAGUGAGGGACCGGAAGUUUGAAACAAAAUUCACUUCAAAGACUGGCUUAUCACAAAAAUGUAUUUCACAUAUCAGCCAUUUUUGGAUUGUUUUUAUAUUUGUAAUGUAACAUGUAAUCUUACGACUUUUCUAUUUCACAGAAUUGCUCUAUGCUUCUUUUUAUCAUAAUUUUAACAUUCUUGUUUGUGAUCAUUGUUGUUGAUAAUUGUUUAUGUUAUGCUAUCUUUUAUCCACAUUGUAUUUAGAUAUGUAAUGUAUUCUUAUGAAGCUCUAUUAUACUGCACUGAUAGGCUUGGUUACUUU